AUGGCAUCCAAAUUCCGUGUUUUGAUGGUCCUCUCAUCGGCCUCCAAGUUCACCACAACUGGCGCCCCUACAGGGUGGUACCUCCCCGAGUUCGCUCACCCAUACAAGGUCUUGAGUGAAAUUGCCGAUAUUACAGUUGUCUCGCCAAAGGGCGGUCUCUCUCAAGUUGACCCAGGCUCGGUCAAGAAUACGGCGACAACUGAUUCGCUCUCUCACUCUUUCUUACGUGACAAUGAAUCAGUGUGGUCCAACACUGGCAAAAUCAGCGACUAUGUUGGAAUGGGAAACGAGUUUGACGUCAUCUGCCACCCAGGUGGCCACGCACCUCUGUUUGACUUGGCCGAGGAUAACGACCUGAAGACCCUGAUUAGUGAGCUUUAUGAAGCUGGCAAGAUCGUUGCAGCAAUUUGCCACGGUGUUAUUGUUCUCAAGGAUGUCAAGCUCUCCAACGGCCAAUACCUGGUUGCUGAUGAGCCAGUUACUGGCUUCAGCAACGAGGAGGAGGACAAGGUUAAUUUGACCGAUGCAUGCCCGGUGCUUGUGGAGACAGAGUUGGUCAAGAUGGGAGGCCGUUUCGAAAAGUCAGACGCUCCAUUCAAGGCACAUGUCACUGUUGCACACAACGGACGUCUAAUCACUGGACAGAACCCAGCUAGUGCUCCAGGAUUUGCUGAAGCAAUCAAGCAGUCGCUCCUCAAGGCUUGA